GCGGGCAGCUUUCGUCGCGCAGGGUCGCGUCGGCCGGGCCCGGCCAGCGGGCAAAUGCCCCGAGCUGCCGCCGCCGCCGCCGCCGACUGGGCUGGUGGCGGUGUGGGAGGCGGGCGUCCGGCCCGGGCCCUCUGAGUGUGGCGGACGGGGCCAGGGCUGGCUCCGCGCGGACCAUGUAUUUCCUGAGCGGCUGGCCCAAGCGGCUGCUCUGGCCGCCGGGGAGCCUGGCCGAGGCACCGCUCCACGUCCAGGCCGACCCCCAGAGGGCUUUCUUCGCUGUGCUGGCCCCGGCUCGCCUCAGCAUCUGGUUCAGCCGACCUAGUGUGUUAAUUAUCACUUACAAGGAAGCUGCAAAAUCAUCUGCUCAGUUUGGACCCUACAAACAGGCUGAAUGGCGGCCAGACAGUACCAUGAUCGCUGUGGCUACGGCAAAUGGCUACAUCCUGUUUUUUCACAUUGUGUCUACAAGAGGUGACAAGUACCUUUAUGAACCUGUGUAUCCCAAAGGAAGUUCACAAACAAAGGGAACACCACAUUUUAAGGAAGAACAGUGUGCGCCAGCAUUAAAUUUAGAGAUGAAGAAAAUAUUGGACUUACAAGCACCUAUCAUGAGUUUGCAGUCUGUGCUGGAAGAUCUCCUGGUUGCUACUUCUGACGGACUUCUUCAUCUUAUUCACUGGGAAGGCAUGACAAAUGGAAGGAAAGCCAUUGAUCUUUGCACAGUACCCUUUUCAGUAGAUCUACAGUCUACUAGAGCAGGUUCAUUCCUGGGCUUUGCAGACGUGUACGUCAGAGACAUGGAAUACUGUGCCACACUAGAUGGAUUUGCUGUUGUGUUUAACGAUGGCAAAGUGGGAUUUAUUACACCAGUAUCGGGCAAAUUCACUGCAGAGCAGCUCCAUGGAGUUUGGCCCCAAGAUGUUGUUGAUGGAACCUGUGUAGCUGUAAAUAACAAGUAUCGACUAAUGGCAUUUGGUUGUGCAAGUGGGUCUGUGCAGGUUUACACAAUCGAGAACACCACUGGUGCCAUGCUGCUGUCUCAUAAGCUAGAACUGACCGCAAAACAGUAUCCUGACAUUUGGAACAAAACAGGGGCUGUGAAAUUGAUCCGAUGGUCUCCUGACAAUAGUGUUGUGACAGUGACUUGGGAAUGUGGAGGCCUUUCUUUAUGGAGCGUGUUUGGGGCCCAGCUGGUUUGUACCCUUGGAGGAGAUUUUGCUUACAGGUCUGAUGGGACCAAAAAGGAACCCCUGAAGAUCAGUUCUAUGAGCUGGGGCGCAGAAGGCUAUCACCUGUGGGUAAUCAGCGGAUUUGGUUCCCAGAACUCUGAAAGUGAGGCUGACCUCAGGAGACCAACCAGACAGCCCAGCAUCCUGCUCUUUCCAUUCCUCAAGAGCGUGCUCACCGUGAACCCUUGUAUGAGCAAUCAAGAGCAGGUGCUGCUUCAGGGGGAGGAUCGCUUGUACUUGAACUGCGGGGAGGCCUCCCAAGCUCAGAACCCCCGGGGCUCCUCAGCACACUCCCCGCACACACCCGGCCGGGAAAGGAGCCCGUUUGCCGAUGGAGGUGUAGAGUCUCAGGGUUUAAGCACUUUGCUUGGACAUCGACACUGGCAUGUUGUACAGAUUUCAAGCACCUAUCUAGAGAGCAAUUGGCCUAUACGGUUUUCAGCUAUUGAUAAGCUUGGGCAGAAUAUUGCUGUGGUUGGCAAGUUUGGUUUUGCACACUACUCUUUACUCACCAAAAAAUGGAAGCUUUUUGGAAACAUUACCCAGGAACAAAAUAUGAUUGUAACAGGUGGCCUGGCCUGGUGGAAUGAUUUCAUUGUCCUUGCAUGUUAUAACAUAAGUGACCGUCAAGAAGAGCUCAGAGUCUAUUUGCGGACAUCAAAUCUGGACAACGCGUUUGCUCAUGUCACCAAAGCACAAGCAGAAACAUUACUGCUGAGUGUCUUUCGGGACAUGGUGAUAGUGUUUCGAGCCGAUUGUUCAAUAUGCCUUUACAGUAUUGAGAGGAGAGCCGAAGGGCCCAGUGCUCCCGCCAGUCUCCACAGUCUGCAGGAGGUCUCCAUGUCCCGCUACAUCCCUCACCCUUUUCUGGUCGUGUCUGUCACACUGACGUCCGUGAGCACAGAGAACGGAAUCGCCUUGAAAAUGACGCAGCAGGCUCGGGACGCAGAGAGCAUCAUGCUUAAUCUCGCGGGACAACUGAUCAUGAUGCAGAGGGACAGAUCUGGCCCCCAAAUCCGGGAGAAGGAGAGCAAGCCCAACCAGAGGAAGCUUCUGCCCUUCUGCGCCCCGGUGGUGUUGGCCCAGUCGGUGGAGAACGUGUGGACCAGCAGCCGUGCUAACAAACAGAAGCGCCACCUGCUGGAGGCUCUGUGGCUGAGCUGCGGCGGCUCGGGCAUGAAGGUCUGGCUGCCGCUCUUCCCUCGGGAUCACCGCAAGCCCCACUCCUUCCUGUCCCAACGGAUCAUGCUGCCUUUCCACCUGGACAUUUACCCCCUGGCCGUUCUGUUUGAAGAUGCGUUGGUCCUUGGUGCUGUCAACGACACGCUGCUCUACGACUCUCUGUGCGCUCGGAGCAGCGCACAGGAGCAGCCGGAGGGGCUGUUCCCCUUCUGCGUCGUGGAGAGAACCUCGCAGAUCUACCUCCACCACAUUCUGCGGCAGCUGCUGGUCAGGAACCUCGGGGAGCAGGCCCUCCUGCUGGCUCAGUCCUGCGCCACGCUCCCCUACUUCCCUCACGUGCUGGAGCUCAUGCUGCACGAAGUGCUGGAGGAGGAAGCUACCUCACGGGAGCCCAUUCCCGACCCUCUGCUUCCCACCGUGGCCAAGUUCAUCACCGAGUUCCCCCUCUUCCUGCAGACUGUCGUCCACUGUGCCCGCAAGACCGAGUAUGCCCUGUGGAACUACCUUUUCGCAGCCGUGGGCAACCCCAAGGACUUGUUUGAGGAAUGUCUGAUGGCUCAGGAUUUGGACACUGCCGCCUCUUACCUUCUUAUCUUACAGAAUAUGGAAGUCCCGGCUGUAAGCAGGCAACACGCCACCCUGCUCUUCAACACAGCGCUGGAACAAGGCAAGUGGGGACUCUGCAGGCACAUGAUCCGCUUUCUUAAAGCCAUUGGCUCUGGAGAAUCAGAGACUCCUCCGUCCACGCCCACAGCUCAGGAGCCCAGCUCAGGGGGUGGAUUCGAGUUCUUCAGGAAUCGCAGCAUCAGCUUAUCCCAGUCAGCUGAGAAUGUGCCUGCAAGUAAAUUCAGCUUACAGAAAACCCUGAGCAUGCCGACUGGGCCUUCUGGGAAGAGGUGGAGCCGAGACAGUGACUGUGCUGAGAACAUGUACAUCGACAUGAUGCUCUGGAGACACGCCCGGCGCCUCUUGGAGGAAGUGCGGCUCAGGGACCUCGGCUGCUUCGCUGCCCAGCUGGGCUUUGAGCUCAUCAGCUGGCUUUGCAAGGAGCGGACUCGGGCUGCCCGGGUGGACAACUUUGUGGUAGCCCUGAAGAGACUCCACAAAGAUUUCUUGUGGCCACUGCCCAUCAUUCCAGCUGCCUCCAUCAGUUCUCCCUUCAAAAAUGGAAAGUUCCAAACAGUAGGAGAGCAGCUGGUAAAGUCUCAAUCAGCUGGACCCUUUUUAAACCUUGAGAUGGACGCUGGCGUCUCUGUCAUCCAGCGAAGUCAGAGCUGGCUUGACAACCUCAGCCCUACCCAUCAUGAAGUAGACUUGGCCUCGUCCUACGGAGCGCAUAUGCAAGAAGCCUUCCUGUCCCCUCUGGUUAAUAAAGGUGACGAGUGUAGUAUCGGUUCAGCCACAGACUUGACAGAGAGCAGCUCAGUGGUGGACGGGGACUGGACAGUGGUGGACGAGAACUUCUCCACGCUCAGCCUGACGCAGUCGGAGCUGGAGCACAUCUCCAUGGAGCUGGCCAGUAAAGGGCCCCACAAGUCCCAGGUCCAGCUCCGGUACCUCCUGCACGUCUUCAUGGAGGCUGGCUGUCUGGACUGGUGCGUUGUCAUUGGCUUGAUUCUUCGAGAGUCCUCAGUCAUCACCCGAACACUGGCUGCUGUGCAGUCGUCUGAGGUGGACAGAGAGAUGUUACAGAACAUAAAGGCGGGGCUGCGUGCUGUGGACAGAUGGGCCUCCACAGACUGCCCCGGAUAUAAGCCAUUUCUAAACAUCAUUAAGCCACAGCUGCAGAAGCUGAGUGAGAUAACGGAGGAGCAGGUCCAGCCUGAAGCCUUCCAGCCAGCGGCGCUAGGGAAGACCCCCGAGCAGACAAGCCCGCGGGCCGAGGAGAGCAGGGCCUGUGCGGGCCAUAGCGGCGCAGCCCCUGGUGAGGUCGGGGCCAGCAGUGUGGCUGGCCGCACGGAGGAGGCUGCGGCCUGUGCUGAUGACCAGGAGACCUUUCCGGAUGGGACUUUUGACUGUUCCGUGUCCUGA